AUGAUGAGUCUAGCCCAGAGCAGCCAGAAUGUGCCUUUGCCCGUUACCCUCAUGGCAAACCUCAAGGGUUUCCGCGCGCAAAACCGGCUGAAGAAGGCGGCCUUGACUGUCAUAGCGCAGCACAUGACGGACUCCGACAUAGACCAUUUGCGGAAGAUUUUCAUUUCUCUUGACGUCGACAACUCCGGCACUUUGUCCGUACAGGAAGUGGCCGAGGGCCUGAAACGUCUUGGCUGGACAGAAAUCCCUGCAGACUUGCAGGCGAUCAUGGAAGAUGUGGACUCUGACAAAUCGGGACACAUUGACUACACCGAGUUCAUCGCCGCAACGAUGGACAGAAAGCUUUACAUGAAAGAAGAUGUUUGCUGGGCUGCCUUCAGAGUCUUUGACUUGGAUGGCAACGGGAAGAUCUCGCAAGACGAGCUGCGCCAGGUGCUGGGAAUGCCCAAAGUGCAGGGGGCUGUGGGCAGCGAGACGAUAGCGGCGCUGCUGAAGGAGGUGGACUUGAACGGCGACGGAGAGAUCGACUUUGAAGAGUUUAUGCACAUGAUGCGGAAACGAACUCCCGGCGAAGCGCAGCAGAGAGAACCGAAAAAGAAGAGCAGCAAAUGA